CUACGAGGGGGCUUCAUGGCAGUAUGGAUUUUUGGCCGUCGAGUAGAGAACCCAGGCCGUAGGAGUGUCUGGCUUGAUCAUGAAGCUGGCGUGGGCCUUAUUGAGUACUGCUGGACAUAGUGUGAAGACUGGCCCAUACCACAAGAAACUAUAAUAUAGAUAGUUUGUGUUAAGCCAAUAGAGAACUAAUCAUGAAAUUAUUAUCAUGGACAAGAGUUGUAUCACUCUUGAUGCAUCAUCCUGUGAUCGGACGGUUCUCAUCAACCUCACACCUAGCUCAACCAAUCUCAAUCAUCCUCAGUCAAGUAAAAGACAUGGUGUUGAGAGGACUUGAUGACCAAAUACUGAAAUUCUAUAAGCAAGACCUUCACCCUUCUGGACUUUAUGAUUCAAACACUUUCGUUCUUCCUUCAGUCAUCAAAGCAUGCUCUUCUCAACAGUCCCAUGAGUUUGGUGUCCAACUUCAUGGCGUAGUCCUCAAAACUGGGUCUGAUGCAGAUCCUUUUGUUUCCAAUUCUCUCAUCACCAUGUACGCGAAAUCUUCAGAGACUGACUCGGCACGCAAGGUGUUUGAUGCAAUGCCUCAGAGAGACACCGUCUCGUGGAAUUCCAUCAUAAAUUGCUAUACUCAAAAUGGGUGUCUUUUAAGAGCAGUGGAAAUGAUGAAGGAGAUGUAUUUGUGUGGUUUUCUGCCAAAACCGGAGUUGCUGGCUAGCAUCUUGUCUCUCUGUUCUCAUACAGGGGAUUUAAGAUUAGGAAAAGUGAUUCAUGCGCUUGUUAUUGUGAAUGAGAGCAUUGAGAAUUCAGUUCUUCUGUCGACGUCUCUUGUUGACUUGUAUUUGAAGUGUCAUGAAUCAUUUAUGGCUUUACAUGUUUUUAAUGGAAUCGAGUUUAAAAAUGAGGUUUCGUGGACUGCCAUGAUUUCGGGAUGCAUUGCUAAUCAAAACUAUGAUUUGGCUAUCGGUUGCCUCCGAGCGAUGCAGGUUGAAGGGUUUAAACCUAACCGAGUAACUUUGGUGAGUGUUCUUCCAGCUUUUGGUGAACUUGGUUGCAUUAUACAAGGAAAAGAAAUUCAUGGAUGCGCUGUUCGACUGGGGUUUGAUACAGAUCACCAUUUUUCAACAGCUUUGAUAGAUAUGUACUGCAAGUGCAGAGGAGCAAUGCACUCUGGUAGACUUAUAUUCGAGAGAUCGAAAGCUAAAGAUGUUGUGAUGUGGAGUUCGAUUAUUGGGGGCUAUUCACGAAGUGAUGGUUUAGAGGCUAUGAAGCUCUUUAGGCGAAUGAGAGCAGAAGGAAUUGAGCAAAACUAUGUGACUUUAUUGGCAAUAGUUACAGCCUGCGCAACUCUAUCUUCGCUUAAGUAUGGACGUGGAGUUCAUGGUUAUAUAUUAAGGUUUGGAUUGAAUUAUAAUAUUUUCAUUGGGAACGCACUGAUAAAUAUGUAUUCAAAGUGUGGAUGCAUUGUCUCUUCACGUCGUAUUUUCAAUGAAAUGCCCGUUAAGGAUUCUAUUUCGUGGAGCACUUUAAUAAGCGCCAAUGGCAUUCAUGGUUGUGCUGGAGAGGCUUUACAACUCUACUAUCAGAUGCAAGAGAGAAAGAUAGAACCAGAUGCACCUGCAUUUCUGGCUAUUUUGUCUGCUUGUAACCAUUCUGGCCUUGUUGAGGAGGGAGAAAAUCUCUUCAAUAAUGCGAUUAAAGACAAAAUUCCAGUAGCUUUGGAGCAUUAUGCUUGCUUUGUUGAUCUUCUCGGGAAAUCUGGUAAGAUUGAAGAUGCUUGUGAUAUUGUAAGGACAAUGCCCAUGAAAUCAAGUCCAAGAAUUUGGACUUCAUUGAUAUCAGCAUGUAAAAUUCACGGAAGAUUUGAAAUGGCUGCACUGCUAGAGCACCAGCUUAUCAAAUCAGAGCCAGAGAACGCUGCAAACUAUGCUCUAUUGAGUAAUAUAUAUGCCGAGUCUGGUGAUUGGGUUGGUGUUGAACGGGUGAGAGAAGUUAUGAGAGAACAAGGAUUGAAGAAAUGCUAUGGUUUCAGCAGAAUUGAGCUUGAAAAUUAGAGGUAAUGGCAGGGUGAGAGCCAUUAUUCAUAUCAUGCAUUUCGAUGAGGAGGGUGAUCAUUGAGAGUAAACAGAUGAACGAAAUGUUAUGGUUUCAGCAGAAUUGAGCUGAAGAAAAGGAGAGUUCAUGGCAGGUUAAAGAGAUUGCUCCGGAGGAGUCGGGGUUGAAGAAAUGUGACCAUAUCCGCAGAAUGAGCUACUCCCUAUAUUACACAUUUGAGGUCUUAAAGAGUGAGAGGACCAGAUAAAAGCUGCAAUAAGUCAAGCAGUAUACCAUAAGCUUAAUAAUAUUGUCCUUACUUCUUAUAUCUGGCACUUUUUUUUUUCCGCGCAUAUCGAAGAAUGUUAUAAUGAAAGUUGAGGUCUUUAAUUUGUAACAUUGCAUGUUCUGAUUUCAUGUAAGUAGCUUGGUGAUCUCAUUCA